AUGUCACAAUUCGCAGCUUCCUGGGCUGAAGCCCGACGUCGCUACACAGACGUGGCGGGUCUGGACCCAGAUGACUCCCAGUUUCCCCAUCCAUCAUCGAUCGAUGAGCUCCUCAAAGCACUGGAGGCCCAAAACCAAGGCUUUGCAGAGUUUAGAUCUCGUAAAGGCAGAUUCUUUCAUGUCCUCUUCGAGGUCAGUAAGCCGAUCAGCAUCAUCGCAAGUGUUGCUAGUAGUGAAGCUGGAGGAGCGUUCCCGGCCGCCGGGGUCUGCCUUGGGGCUUUAUCGCACCUUAUGACCACAGCGAAAGGGGUGUCUUCUGCGUACGACAAUAUUCUGGAUUUGUUGGACAAUUUGAAAAACGUCCUGGUGCGCCUGAAUAUUUAUGAACGCGCUGUGAUCCCGGCUUCUUUGCAAUCGCAUUUUAUCGAAAUGCUUGUAACACUCAUGGAAAUCUUCGCAUAUUCCACCAAGACCAUGAAGAAGGGUACUCGGGAGAGAAUUUCUCGGUUCGCUAAGAAUGCGCUACUCGGCGACGACGGAGUCAUCUCGGGACUACUUGCUAAAUUAGAGGUUCUUUCGAGGAACGAAGACCUGCUUGCAGGUGCAGAGACACUGGUAAAAACUCAACAGAUUCUCGAUUUACAACAGAAGACGAAUCGAGAUAUACAAAAUGUUCUUGAAAAUUUAUCUUCGCCAGCCCAGAUACAACAUCGCGCGGAACAACAGCUCAACAGAGCCAAGAGCAUUCUUCAGCCUUCUGUGAAUCCGGAGGAUAUAUUCCAGGCAAUCUCAAAGAAACGCGUUCCCGGGACGGGAAGUUGGGUGAGAGACCAACAAGCUUUUAAGGACUGGUUAGACAAGAAAGCCACCACGCUUUGUCUUGCUGGGAGUCCUGGGUUUGGAAAAAGCUUCAUUGCCACUAGUAUAAUCUCCUUUCUACAAGAGGUGGCUCUGCAGAGUACAGAAGCUUCGCGGGACUCGGUAGCGUUCUUCUUCUUCAGGAACAACAACCCACAGACAAGGAAGAUAGACCAAUGUCUGAGAGACCUCGCAUUCCAAAUCUACAAAAGCGAUGCGACAUUCCAAUCCUAUUUUGACUCACGCUUCUCUUCUCCGGGAGAGGUUGAAUCUCCCGAAAGCAUUUGGAGAGAGGUCUUUCAGAAUUACUUCCGACUACGGAAAGGUGCAAAGGGGAUCUAUCUUAUCAUAGACGGACUAGAUGAAGCUUUCGAAGAGGACCGGGAGAGUCUUUUCAAUCUUCUAGCCCCAGACAGUACAUCCGACCACGCUAUUCUGAAAAUUCAAAUUGUCCUGACUGGACGGCAACAUGUCUUCAAUGAGCUAACUAUGGUGACAAAUGAACUUUUUCCAACAAUUCAUGUCGAUCGAUUCAAGAAUAGCCGAGACAUGACUCAGUACAUCAACCUCAGCAUUGCAAAAUCGCGAUCCCUUGCUCGUUUUCCAAAGUUGAAGAAAGAGAUCGCCGAUACCUUGACGAUGAAAUCACAAGGAAUGUUCCUUUGGGUUGAUCUAAUGAUUAGAGAACUUGGCCAUAAGUCUCGUCCUGAAAACUUACGCGAGGCCUUGCAUAGAGCACCAAAGGGUCUGAAUGAAAAGGUGCGGAAUGUCCUCGAGAAUUACAGCUUAAUGUUCGAGGACGAAGAUGAGGCGGGCGAUUUCAAUGCUAUCUUAUCCUGGGUUGCGUGCGCUGCGGAACCUUUACCUCUUGCGGUCAUGGAUGAUGUACUUUGCCGUCGAGUUGGUGACGAAGAAGGUAUCCCGAAACUCGAGGAGAGGCUUAGGUCUGAGUGGGGAGUACUUUUGGAUUUAAACCGCGACGAUGGGUUGACCACCGAUGAUCUCGAGGGCGAUCCUCUUAAAUUCUACAAAGCAUUGGGGGCCAUCGACAUUCAGAAAAACAACAAUGAAGAAACAGAGCCAGAGGUUGAUUAUGCUUCCAACCCCAAUUCAACGAAGGUCGUCUUUUGCCAUGCAUCUAUUGGCGAGAUUUUCAAGAAUGGCGUCCAGGGGAAAGUGUCCUCUGAGGAACAACAUCCUGCUGUUGGUGUCGAUAUCGCCGAGAGCGCCAUGAUAACAUUGCGUGAGUGUCUGGAAACUAUCUGUUGCAAAACGCAGAAUAACACCAAGUACGAGUCUUUGCGAAAGUAUGCUAUUCGCAGGUGGCCUGAUCAUGUGAAGUUGGCUUGCAAGCAUGUCGAUGGAGUUGAUGAUGAAAAUCUCAAGGUAGCCUCGGGCCUUGCGCUGUUGAAACUCCUUAAAGACGAAGAAUUCAUGCAAGACUGGUUGCCGGAGGUUUCUCUCGAAAUUUUCAAUAUGGAAACUCUUGAUGCUAUCAUCGUGAUUGUCAAGCAAUGCGCGACCGCGGAAUCGAUCCCGAGUGGGACCCGUGAAUGGCUCGAAGACGUUAUGGCUCGUCCGAGUGGGCUGUUCCUCCCAUCAAGGAGAUUGGUAGCAAAACAGUGGCUCCAAGGAGACACCUGGGACACUGAUUUGUGCAUAAAGAUCGUUCAUCGUGUGUCAUGUCUAGAAAAUGGUCAAGUUGGAGUUGACACUGCCCAGAUGCUGUCAGCAAGAAUGGUCCUGGAAGCCGCGGAAAGCGCAGGAUUGGAGCAGAAUGCCGAAUGGCACCGAAGACUCGCCAUGUCACUUCGUGAAAUUGGAUACUUUGACGACGCAGAGACCCAUUUCCAGGCUGCUAUUGCCCUAGACGAGCGGAACUGGCGGGCUCUCAGCGGCCUUGCCCGCGUGGAGAAAAUGCGAGGCUGUAAUCAAGAGGCCCUGAAUCUCUACAAGUCGAGUUCAGAAAUUUUGAGAUCACUUUAUAGUCCCGAAACAGCCGACAAAAUACACACGCAAAACCUUGCGGGCUCAUAUGAAGACAUCGCGGAUGCAGCAAUUGCAGCGGGAGACCGACAAACCGCAUUAGCAUUCUAUAAGAAGUCUCUCGACUUGACGAUGGGUCAAAACCAGGUGGUGGUUAAAUAUCUCAAAAUUCUUCCUGAUAAUGACAUUGCAGAGAUUGUUCGUGUCAUAAAAAGCUUGGAAGUGCCGAUUGAAGGGGACAAUCGGGAGAACUUCAACUAUCUGACGUCCUUGUUCUUGAGUCAUUCAGCCUUUCUUCAGGCUUAUGAGGAGUACUGGAAAGUCGCAGCGGCUUUCAAGUCAAAUGGAGAGAUAGAGUGGCUGGAAAAGGCCUAUCGUGCAACAAUCGCAGUUGCACGGAAUGAUCAACUUCCAAUCAUAGAAUUUGCUCUCAACCUUAUGCUCGCCGAUUUGUUCUACGUCUAUGAUAGCAAGCAAGAGAAAGCAUUGCAGAUCUGGAAGACAGCGUUGCAAUUCCCAGCGACAUUCAUGUCCUCGGACAGCCUUCUGAAAUAUCUACACACCUACGUUGGUAAGGAUUACGCAGUUGGUCUGCUUCAGAAGGCCUUCGACAUAGGAAUAUGCACACCUGAAGCCGACCAACACCUCAAAGCCCUGGAAGAAGUCUGUGUCAGCACCAACAGCCUGGUUGAAAAUCUGCCCUCGUAUACCAUGUUGCCGCUCCAGAGCCUUGUAUUGGGUUCCUGGAAAUUGUUGGCUGGACGACGCGAGGAAGGGUAUGCGUUGCUUCGCCCUUUUAUGCAGAUUGCGACUUCCGGUGCGUACAGUGAUGACAAACUGGGCGCCCAACAGAGGAAUUACAUCACUUCGAAGAUCCUUAUCGGGACAGGAGAUGAAGCCAGGGCAAUCUCGCUUAUGCAGACAUACUCUGUAUCGGAAAUUUUCCUUGUUAUCUGCUACGGACGCUGUGGAUUGAUGGAUACCCGGUGGAAAGGUGGCUACAGUUGCAAGAUCUGCUUAGUGGACCUAUGUGGAGAUUGUACGGAAGUUCUCAAACAGGGCGGCCAACUUCCAGUCAAUGUUUGUAGUCCCAGUCACUCCUGGGUUCACAUUCCAGGUCCAGACACUCCAACGAAGGAAGGCGAGAUCUGUUACAACGGCGAGGUAAUCUCAAUAACCAAAUUCUACCUGGAUAUUUGGGAUGAAUGGCAACUGUAA